AUCAGACGAUGUUGCCUCGCCGUGGAGCAUCCUUGGAUUCUGUGCAGUCUGGACUGCAGCCGCUCAGUGAGAUAAACAAAAUUAAUUGUAUCAUGAUUGAAGACAAUAAGGAGAACAAAGACCAUUCUUCAGAAAGAGGUAGAGCUGCUGUCAUUUUUUCUUUGAAGAAUGAAGUGGGAGGACUUGUAAAAGCUCUGAAACUCUUCCAGGAGAAGCAUGUGAAUUUGGUGCACAUUGAAUCCAGAAAGUCAAAGAGAAGAAACUCAGAAUUUGAGAUUUUUGUUGAUUGUGAUACCAACAGAGAACAACUGUAUGACAUUUUUGAUCUAUUGAGAUCCCAUACGAAUGUCCUGUCUGUGAAUUCCCCAGAGGCUUUUUCUAUGCAGGAAGAAGAUAUGGAGACUGUUCCCUGGUUUCCAAAGAAGAUUUCUGACUUGGACAAAUGUGCCAACAGAGUUCUGAUGUAUGGAGCAGAGCUAGAUGCUGACCAUCCUGGUUUCAAAGAUAACAUAUACCGAAAAAGACGCAAAUAUUUUGCAGACUUGGCUAUGAAUUAUAAACAUGGUGACCCCAUUCCUAAGAUUGAGUUCACUGAAGAAGAGAUAAAGACUUGGGGAACUGUGUUCAGAGAGCUCAACAAACUCUACCCAACCCAUGCUUGCAAAGAAUAUCUCAAAAACCUACCUUUGCUAUCCAAACACUGUGGGUAUCAGGAAGACAAUAUCCCUCAACUGGAAGAUGUCUCACGCUUCUUAAAAGAGCGCACAGGUUUUUCCAUUCGUCCAGUUGCCGGCUACUUAUCUCCAAGGGACUUCUUAGCAGGUUUAGCGUUCCGUGUUUUUCACUGCACUCAGUAUGUGAGACAUAGUUCAGACCCUCUCUACACUCCAGAACCGGAUACCUGCCAUGAACUCUUGGGUCAUGUCCCUCUUCUGGCUGAACCUAGUUUUGCUCAGUUCUCCCAGGAAAUUGGCUUGGCAUCCCUUGGAGCUUCAGAUGAGGCUGUGCAAAAGCUGGCUACGUGCUACUUUUUCACGGUGGAAUUUGGUUUAUGUAAACAAGGAGGACAACUGAGAGUUUAUGGUGCUGGCCUACUCUCUUCCAUCAGUGAACUCAAACAUGCACUCUCUGGACAAGCCAACGUGAAACCCUUCGAUCCCAAGAUCACCUGCAAGCAGGAGUGCCUCAUUACCACUUUCCAGGAAGUCUACUUUGUUUCUGAAAGCUUUGAAGAGGCAAAGGAGAAGAUGAGAGAAUUUGCAAAAACUAUCAAGCGCCCUUUUGGUGUGAAGUACAACCCAUACACACAAAGUAUUCAGAUCCUGAGGGAUACCAAGAGCAUUGCCAGUGUGGUCAAUGAACUUCGACAUGAACUUGACAUUGUCAGUGAUGCCCUCACUAAAAUGGGCAGGCAUUUGGGUGUCUAAAGCUAGAACAAUGUUCUCUAUCUACUCAAGUGUGAUUGGUUCUAGGUAGAAUUGGAUUAUUCUGAGGACAUUUGGAUAAUUCCAUAGAGGCCAAUGGGAUAGCUCAUGGCAUUUUUUUUCCAAGAGUUCAGUGAUGGUGGAACUACCUGAUUACCAAACAAACUUGUUAAUCUCAAUGAUGUUACAAAAUGUCAUUAAUUAUUCCCUGGAAAUUUUCAUGUAAAAGCUUGACCUACUUCAUUUGUGUGGAUUUGUCUGGCUCCCUAGGCAUAAGUGUUCAAUCCUAGUUCUAGGAAUAGGAGAAGGGAUGUUUUCUCUACAAAGUAAUUUUUCUUCUUUAAAUAAAGUAACUAGGUUUUCUGUACUAUGGACUGCUAGAUAGAUAUCCCGAUUUGAACUCAUGUAGAAACAUUUGACCACCUUAAAUUUAUGAUUAUUACUUACUGUAGAAUUUAGGACUUCCCAGACCCCUUCUCCAAGCCCCCAUCAUAUUCCUGUAAUUAGGUUUGGUAAGGUUUGAUUAUGCCCCUUCUAGUUAUAGAGAUACCUGGGGUUCAGUAGGGGGUGCUGGUUAGGUUGCAAAAAGUCCUAUAGUAAAAUAUUUAAGGUUUUAUCACUUUACCAAAUAGAAUAUUAAAGGCAAAUUGUGAGUUAUCAUGGACUACUGUGGCUCCCUGUUGGCCUUAAGGAUGGUUAGAAGACAGAGUCUGAUGACCUUAGAGAUAAUUUAGUCCAACUUCUACAGAAAUAUGAUUCUGGUCUUCAGUAUCCCUAACAAGUAGUCAUUCAUCUUCUGUAUAAUCACCUCUGAUAAUGAAGAACUAACUACUCCAAGGGAAGCCUAUUCCACUGUUGGUCAGCUCUGUCAUUAAGAAGUUCUCCCUAUUCAGAAACUGUCUUUUAUAACUUCUGUCCAUUAGUCUGCUUCUAUGGAGCACAUUCAUCUAUCAUAGAUGAAAAUGCACAAAGACAAUCGUCAUCCUCAGUUACCAAGAGACUACUACUAUUCUUGGAAGAUGCACACAAUAACCCUAUUCAUUCUUGUUUUAAAAUCUGAAAACAGUUGGACAGCAUAGCUCAUGGUAUAGUAGAAAAAGUAGAAGCUCUAGAGUCAGAAGGCAUGGGUUCAAAUCCUACUUCUGAUGAUCACUACCUACAUGAUCUUUGGCAAAUUUCCUAAGGAACUUGAGCCUCAGUUUCCUCAUCUAUAAAGUGGAAUGGACUAACAGCCUCUGAGUUCCCUUCCAGCUCUCAAUCUAUGAUCUUAUGGUCAUAGCCUCCCUACUUCUCUUCUCUGGAAAAUAACAUCUUCAGUUUCUUCAACUAAUUCUCAUGUGGCAUCAUUUGUAAUCCUUUUAUCCUGACUGCCCUACUUGUGGUAAGGUUCUCCUAAUAAGGGGAUAGUAGAACUCUCACCUCCCUUAAUUAUACAAAUAUUUAUUAAACAAUAUUCCCAUUAAGCAGAGUAAUAUAUGCUUCAUGUUUAGAAGAAAGAUAGUUUAGAUAGGUCAUGGUUCCUUUUCUUGUCGAGCUUUCUAAAGCUAAAGUUUAAAAAGAGACUAGGACACAUACUACACAGAUAACCAGAAUAGUUAUACUAUAUAAAUAAAACAAGUUUAAACAAUAAAUACACUGACUAAUUAGGUAUUAAGCAAAGUGCUUCCUGAGGUUUAAGAGGAAAAGGGUCAUUUUCAAUUGGUGGCAGAGGGAUCAGGAAGAGUUCUGGGGGAAAGGUAGCACUGGAAUCACUACAGAGUGGGCAGGAAUUUCCUAGGUGAAAAGAGGGAAGGAGGAUAUCAUAGUUAUAAGAAAUAGCUUGAGUAGAACUGUAGAGCCAGACAUACAGGCGGUGUGCAGGGGAGAGUCUGAUUUGAUAGGAGUGUGGUGUAUGUGCAGGAGAAAAACAUCAGAAAAUACUAGGAGGAUAAGGUUUGUUUCAGAUUUAUGGGCAGCUUCAAAUGCCAGGCAAAGGAAUUUCAAUUUGACUUAAUAGAUAAUGGGGAGUCAACAAAGAUAUUUUUGAGUAAAGGAAUGACAUGACUAUGUUCAUUCAUAAAAGAGAUGUCUAGCAGUGAUCUGAAGCAUAAUUGGAGAGGGAACAGAGUGGAAGAAAUACAACCUUUUUGUAAGCUAAAAUUGUAAGGUUUGCCUGUGUAAGUAUGGCAACCAGGGGAAGAGAGGGAAGAAGAUGAAUAUUCUGGAAACCAGGAUUCUGUUAAAUAGUUCAAGAUUAGCCUUUAUAUUAGCCUCAUCAAAUAGUGAAAAGAACCCAUUUUCUUUUCCAUAUGAUCAACUACUCAUUCACACCUCCCCUUUCCUUUUACCAUUCAUUAUCUAACCAGAACAGGACUUGACAUUUAUCUCUUAUUAGAUUUCCUCUUGUUAUAUUGACUCUAUUCUAUAAGCAAUGAAUUUUGAUGAGUGCGUAGCCUAUGUCCUCAUCUAAAUCAUUGCUUAGAAUAUUGACUAGAAGAGAGCUGAGAGACAGAGGUCCAAGAAAUCUUAUAGGUUGACACUGGUUUAGUUUCUCUUGGUUUGGUCUUUUGACCAGUUAUGCGAUAUUCACCUGAAUAUUGUCUAAAAGAGUACCUUGAAAGGCUUUUUGAGUUUGCUUUGACUAUGCCAUUCCUUUGCUCUACCUGUCAAAAAAGAAAUGAGGUUAGGAUGAUCUCACAUGGUGAACUCUCAAGUAUGAUCACUAUUUCCCCAAGUGCUUAUAAAUCACAUGCUUAAAAAUCUGUCCUAGAGUAUUUUCUCUGAAGAUAACAUAAAUUGUGUUGACCCCUGCUCUGUACAAUCUACUCUGUUCUUUUUGAAAACUGGGGCAGCAUUCUUUCAAACUUCAGUCAGAGAAUUACAGAGUCAGGAGAUAUCUGAGAGACCACCUAAUCUAAGCCAUCUCUGAGAGAGAUCUUACUAUAACUUCUUUUAAAGAUUUCUAACUCAUUAUUCUCUCUUGCCAGUUGUUGUGAUACCUUAGGCAGCAGUCUUCCCAAUCCUAUUGACCCAAACUCAGCUGAGUACAGUUAGGUACCCUCUUUAGUCUCUUCUCAUUUAUCUUGAGUUUCCAUUCCCACAAAAACAUUUUUUUGUAUUAUCCUUCCUUGUCUAAUGUCAAUUAUUCCCCAGAGGAAAAAAAUAAACAAAAACAUAAGUAUAGUCCUAACUUCUCCCUUUCCUUGCUAUCAUCUCAUCUAUCUUGAAUAGCAGUUCUAUUCUUUUUUUAAAUUCCUUUUUAAAAAUUGAUACUUACUAUUGGUUCUAAGACAGAAGAGUAGUAAGGGCUAGGCAACUGGGGUUGAGUGACUUGCUCAGGGUCACACAGCUAGGAAGUUUGUGAGGCCAAAUUUGAACCCAGGACUUCUCAUUUCCAGACUUGGUGUUCUAUCAACUGAGCCACCUAGCUGAGCCUCAGUAGUAAUUCUAUUCUGCCUUUGAUUUUUCUCUUUACCUCUAACCUAGGAGAGAGAUCAGAUCUGUGAUUUCAUUGCUACCUGAAAUUCCUAGUGGAGGAAACUUGAACAAUGCAGGUUGGCACCUUCUCUGCAACUUAGUCAUAGAGGUUGCCUGAGCUCUGACUUACCAGGGCACAUAGCAGGACUUGAAACCAUAUUCUCCACACUCCAAGGUCAGCUCUUUAUCUAGCAUCCCACAGCCAGCCUCCAACAUCCUUUUUAAAAAGGUACCUUCUGUGGUCCUUACCAGCCUGAGCUCAUUCUCAAUCUUAGUUUUUCUGACAUUGUUUUUAUAGCUCCAUGAUAACUUUCAUAUUUUACCAUUCAUCCUACUUUUCCUUCAGGUUCUGUGGAUAUAAAAAUGGCCUAUUUAGUUUAUAUUGUCAUCCUCCUCCCAUAAAAAAACAAAUCAACCAAAUACUGCUUUUUCUUAUUGUUAGUGAUUAUUUUUGUGUUGUGGAGGAAUAUUGCUUAGAACAAAUUAGUAAAACUAAUUAAUUCAUUUAAAAGUGAAGUAAUGCUCAGUGAAAGGCAUCAAUGGGUACCAAUACCAGUAAUUCCAUGUGAUUUCUAUGACAGUGACUAAUUAUAAAGGAUGCUGAUUCCUUGUAUUCAUCCCCUUUUGAUGCUAGAUUAGAACAAACGUUGUCCUUAAAUAUCCAAGCACUGUGUUCUAGAGUCUGACCUAUUCAAAAUAAAUACAAAGGCAUUCUUUAAAUGAAGUCGGAGUUUUGAUUUUCUUAAAGGAAUGAAUUUCAUAUCCAUUAACAUUUUUUAAAUUAUCCUUUUCAUUGAUUAAUAGAUAGAUGCACAUUGACACAUUUCAUUCCAUCCUAAUUUCUAGAUACUUCAGCUAAUUUAAUUCUGCAAUAGGAAUAAUAAGAACUUGUAUUUUAAGAAAAUGUCUUAUCUUAUAUUGGAUAAGGAAAUGAAAGCAUGAUGUAUCCCUCAUGUUGUUUCAUAUCUUUGCAUUGAUUGUAUCUGAAAUUUAAUAACACAAUGCACAUAUUAAAAAUAUCAUCUCUGUAAGAUAAUUGAAAAGACUAAAAUAUUUUCAUACUAAUUAAUAAGUUCAUUUUGAUGGCAAGAAUGUCAGUUGUAAGUAAAGUCAAACUGGCUAUUGCAGGUGAUUGCAGUUAGUCUAUUCUAGUUACACAAUGUGAAUUGAUGUAGAUUGAUAAUCUAAAUUAAAAUUUAAAACUACAGUAUUUAAAAUCAUGUCAUGACUACAGUUCGUUGUAAUCAAAAUCUAAUGUUAAACCUUUAGAAGUGAAAACAUUACAAUGCACCUCUCACCUUAGAAUUUAACACUGCAGAAUAACUAAUAGACUUAAAUUGACUUUCUAUUCCUUUUCACUAAGUUUUUACAAGUCUAGUAGAUUCAGGAUGUUGUGGGCCCCAGGAAUCAAGAGCACAUUGGUACUGAAUGCCUAAAAUGUGUGAAGCAGCUUCAUUAAUUUGUUUGAGACAAGGGCUGACUAAGGACUGAUGGCUACUUCUCAGAAGAAAUGGGGCAGUAGCAGGAAUGCAAAUUUUGGAAGGAAGCCAAGAAACAUUUCUUAAUCCAGGAAAUAUGUCAUUUAUAACUCUCCUGAUACUAUUAAGUAGGCAGUUUUUAGAAUUUGCUUUAGUCUGAAAAUGGAAAUUAUUAGAUAGUCUAGGUAGUUAUACAUGCUAUGUACAACUCCUCAGGACAUUACAAUGAUAAUAUGGUCCAAUUCAGUAUCUGCUUAAGAAAUUGUUGAGCCAUUUCUUAAUUUUUUUCUUGACAUGCUUUGUGUGUCUACUGUUCAAAUGGAUAAUAAAUACGUGCAAAAUUCA